AGCCACGAGGUUGCAUAUACCAUUAGGUGUGCUGAAGGGACAGUUCUGCAAUGGCAACGGCGCGGUUAAUGUACCUGUUAUUAAUGAUUACUGCCAACCUGGUUGCUUUUGAAGCCAAUCCAGAACCUGAGAAUGACUGCAUAUUUGAUGAGUCAGCAGCAGCCGCUGCUAGCAUUGGCUGCAGUAACAAACGCUGUAGCUUAGAUACAGACCUUUGUAAUGGAAAUAGAAAGUGUGUGUGUGAUGGAGUAUGUGGCUAUCGAUGCAUCAACAUCAACAAUCGUAAACUAUGUCCACCAUUACCUGCUCCUGUCAAUGGUAGUGUUGUGUACAAGACUAACCGAGCUCAUGGUGCUAAAGCAACUUACGAGUGCUCUCCUGGAUACAGCUUAGUUAAUAGUACAGAGCGGACAUGCUUAGGAGAUGGGCAAUGGACUAUGGAUGCAGCACCAACAUGCUUACCCAAUGAUGAGAUUUGUCCUCGUCUUGUAAGCUUAACGAACAGCUCUGCAGGUAAUGGAAGUGGAUGUUUGCAAGCAUGUUCCAGGCGAAGGGAUUGCCCCAAGAAAACACAGCAAAUAUGUACGUGUCGUGGUGCCUGCGGGAUGAGUUGUGUGGAUCUUUUUGUCCAGGGUUACUGUCCAGACAUAGAGGUAGCUGAAGGCACAGUCAUCCUGUCUGUCACUCCAACGGGUAACAUGUAUAAAUCAGUAGCAACUAUAGGCUGUGAUGAUGGUUAUAAAAUGGACACUGAAACUCAAACUCAAGAGAUUUCUUGUAUGCUAACUGGCCAGUGGAAUGCACAGCCUGCAAGAUGUACAGUUCUUUGCAGUCCUCCUCCAAGAGUUGAGAAUGCCCGGCACAAUAGCAGGAGUCGAACAUUUAGCCCAGGGGACGUCCUAUCCUACUCAUGUUUAGCUGGCUACCAUCACUAUGGUAAUGCUGAGACUAGUAUAUGUUUGGAAGAUAAGCGUUGGACACCAGUUGUUAUGAAAUGCUAUGCUAAAAGCUGUGGUGAUCCAGGCUUCCUCAGAAAUGGUUGGCGUGAUGGAGAGUUGUUCACCUUCUUGAGUAGAGUCAUCUAUCAUUGCAAUGAGGGAUAUGAGAUGAGAGGUUUUGCUUACCGUACCUGUUUAUCAGACAGACGUUGGAGCUCAUUUAUGCCUAGUUGUGUAGCUAUUGAAUGCCCUGCAUUGUUUGCCCCUGAUCAUGGCACUGUACAAGGUACACAGUAUGACUUCAAUGAACAGGUGUACUUUGCCUGUAAGGAUGGUUACAGAUUAGAAGGAAGUCCAGUUAGACAAUGUCAAGCUGACCAGACAUGGAGUGGUGAGGAGGUUACAUGUACAGUUGUGAGGUGUCCAGAACCAGAAGUGCCUGAACAUGGCUUUAAGAUAGCACCCAGGCUAGGAAUGAAUGCCAUAGUGCGAUAUUUUUGUAAUGAGGGUUACAGUCUAGUUGGAAGCCGAACAGCUAGAUGUACAAUGGAAGAAACGUGGUCCAAUCUUGUUCCUGAAUGUAAAGCUGAUUGCACUAUUCUUAACGCUCCACAACAUGGUAGCUAUGAGCGGGUCAAAUGGUUCUUUCAAUAUGAACUACUGUUGUUAUUUUCAGCUGAUUGCACUAUUCUUAACGCUCCACAACAUGGUAGCUAUGAGUGGCCAUAUAAUAGAUUUAUUCCUGGCCGAAUAGUCACACAUGGAACAGUUAUACAGAUUGACUGUGAUAGAUAUUACAGUCUUAACAGCAAUGAGGAGUAUAUGUGUGAUGAUGGGCAGUGGUCAUUUCAUGCUAAAUGUGAUGCAGCUCCUUGUACACGUAGUAGGCUCACUGUUCCUCGCAAUGGUGACAUCUCCUAUCAACCAGAAGUGAACCUAGCGGUGUCGACGAUCCCUCACGGUACAACAGCUUCUUAUAGUUGCCUGUAUGGAUAUGAACAGCAGGGUCAAACUGUUACUGUGACUUGUCACUAUGGUUCAUGGAAUCAGCAUACACCACCAGUCUGCCAGCCUAAGCCAUGUGAUAAGGAAAGUUUACUGCAUGGAAGUGUGGUCUAUGACUCAGUUGGAGAUCCUCACCAUGGUACAAUCAGGACAACGAAAUGUAGUGAAGGCUUCAACCUGGGUGGAGAUGUUUCACAAGAUCAGAGAUGCAAUAAUGGGGUGUGGACUUCACCUCUCCCUUACUGUCAACCAAAUGCAUGUAGAACGUUGACAGUCGUAAAUGGAGACAUCAGAUAUGUCAAUAAAAAUUUGAACCAUGGAGAGAGAGCCAAUCUUACUUGUAAUGCUGGUCUCAAACCAAGUGUUGGAGAUGGCCAAGUUCGUUGUCAUGCAGGGCACUGGGUUCCAGCUGACCUUCAAUGCAUUUCCAAUGAUAUAUCAUUCAACAUUGCUUAUGGAAAGCCAGCAGUACAUACCUUCAUUGGAGCCAAUACUUGGAAUGCAAGCUUAGCAGUAGAUGGUGAUAGAAGUACAGAUUACAAUCAUGGAAGUUGCACUGAUACACGAAAUGCUGACAAUGAAAUAUUCUGGCGGGUGGAUUUACAGGAUAUUUAUAUCAUUAAAUAUGUUGAAAUCUACAACAGACAAGAUUGCUGUGGGGAAAGACUGUCUGAGGCUUCAAUACAUGUUGGACUAUCAGAAAAUGAACCUCAAAGACAAUGUGGACUCCAGAAGAUCAGUACAGAAUCAGUAGGAUCUCAGCAUCCCAUUCAUGUAGAUUGUGCUGCAGACAACCUGUAUGGGCAAUAUAUAACCAUCAGAUUGCCAAACAACAAAGGAAAGAUGAAUUUAUGCGAGGUGGAGGUCUUUGGUGUUGGACCAGUUAAAACAUGUAAGGUCAAUGAUGAUCCUAUUUUAAAAGUAUCCCUAAAGGAUACAGAUCUUAGAGUGUAUACUGUUGUUGCUGCCACUGUAAAGGUGUAUUAUAACUGCACUGAAGGUUACACUCUACAUGGAUCCCCUGUCAACAGAUGUAACAAGAAAGGUCAAUGGAAUAAAGCAACCCCCACGUGUCAUCCAGAUGGUUGUAGUGUGGCUGCUCCAGAGAAUGGUCAGCUUGACCAGAGUGUAUCAAAAGUUAACCAUGAUUGGAGUGUAGCCUAUUCAUGUGACCGUCUCUAUAUCAAGCUACAUGAUGAAGUUGUUUGUAAAACAGGCCAAUUUGAACCCGGACCACCAACCUGUAUACCUAAAAACUGCCUCUUGGAUGCAAGUCAGUUCACUAAUGUACAUGUAUUCGUAGACAAUCAGGAACUAUCACUAGAUGAACCAGUUACCAUUGAUCAUGGUAGGGGUGUCACUUUCAGCUGCAAGACAGGAUUUCAAGUUGAUCAUAAUUCAAAUACUCGUACAUGCUGGUUUGGAGAGCUGGAUCACCCAAUACCAACAUGCACAGCAGUUCAAUGUCAACAGCCACCUUUCAUGGAGCAUGGUUCCUACAGUAUUGUAUUUGGUGAUUCUAGUCUGACAUAUAAAACAUCAGUCCGUUAUCAGUGUGAUCAGGGUUAUAUGUUUCAAACGGGUGACACAUAUGUUUUCCGAAGAUGUUCUUCAAGUGGUAGUUGGGGUGAAGACCUCCCAUCCUGCCAGUCGCAAGCAGUUUCAAGUGGAGAUGUUGUGCAAGAAUGCAGAAGACCUUCAAUUCAACAAGCGCUUAUUUAUCACCAACAACAAAAUAUAGCAGGUUCUCGUAUCACCUUUGUGGAUGGAGAUGCUAUUACAAUUCGCUGCAGCCGUGGUUUCAUAGUAAGUGGAAAAUCAUCAACAACCUGUAGGAAUGGAAACUGGCAACCAUCUCUUCCAAGUUGUGAAGCUUCGGCUAAGCAAAGCUGCAGACUUCCUGAUAGAAUAGACAACAUUGCGCAGUACAAGAAUGGAAAGGAUAAGAUUGAAAAUAUUGCUCCAUCCAUCACUGUUACACAUGGAGGUUCUAUCGUAUCAAGAUGUCGUGAUCCAUUGGUAGACAAACUGAUGACUUCUGCCAUACGCACAUGUAAUGAUGGACAAUGGAUUGAAGAAAGGCCUCGGUGUGAGCGUGCUGAAUCAAGGUUUCAACUUCCAUAUCUGGCCGGCAUGCGCUAUCAGUACUACGCUAAUGGCACUCUCCUUAUCUACCCUGGCAUCGGUCAACUAACAAUUGGAUGCAGGGUAAGCCACCCAUAUAAACCUAGCCUUGGUGUUUCUCACCGAGAGCACAUUUAUGGCAAGUUUACAGGUGGCAAGGAUUUUGGACAACCAAGAGAGGAACAUUCUGGUGUUUAUGUGUGUCAGAGACUAGGAGGCACAUUCCAGCAUAGUCUUGAUAUUCAGGUAAGAGCUAUCUCUUGUCCAGAGCCAGAACCACUUACGAAUGGGAGACGACAUGGCGAUGAGUUCAGAAUAACACAAUCAGUGUCAUUUGAAUGCAAUGAGGGGUAUGAGCUUCAGGGAGACUCCAUCUUUAAAUGUAAUCUCGGCCAAUGGUCACCAAGUUUCUUUCCAUCAUGCAGAUCUCUUAACUGUCCUGAGAUCAUGAGUGAUGAUCAACAUAUGAUUGUGGAGGGUGGAGGGACCUUAAUUGGUUCAAACGUAGCAUUUCAAUGCCGUCAUGGAUAUAGAUUAGUUGGUGAUUACUACUUAGUAUGUCAAUCUGGUGGUACCUGGUCAAACUCUUAUCCUCAUUGUGAAGAAAGAGCUGAGCCGACUACAACUGAGCCAGCAGUAUUGGAUUGUGGAGGUGAUUGUGAGAUAUGGGAGAGAUGUGUUGGUACUGACCAAGGUCAGAGAAUAUGUAGCUGUAUUCAUCCUACCUAUUGUGAAGAGGAGGAGGAAAGACGACUUUACUGUGGAACUGAUGGAAACGAAUACCCAAGUAUCUGUAAACUCAAAGCUACUGGAUGUCUGCUUGAUCAGGACAUUGAAGUAGAUUAUGUGGGACCAUGUAGUCAAGUGGACAGUGUAGCGCCAGUCAUCAGCGACUGCCCAGCAGACAGAACUGAGACUCUCAACACUGGUGCCUCAUCAGUAACCAUCACUUGGGUUGAGCCUACCAUGGCGGACAAUACUGGAGUGUUCACAAUGACCAAUUCCCACCAAUCAGGUGAUGCCUUCUUCCAUGGAUCUACUACAGUCACAUACACCUUGGUCGACAUCGCUGGCAACCAAGCAAUCUGCUCCUUUGUAGUAACUGUCAUUGAAAGAGCUGAGCCGACAACUGAGCCAGCAGUAUUGGAUUGUGGAGGUGAUUGUGAGAUAUGGGAGAGAUGUGUUGGUACUGACCAAGGUCAGGUAAUAUGUAGCUGUAUUCAUCCUACCUAUUGUGAAGAGGAGGAGGAAAGACGACUUUACUGUGGAACUGAUGGAAACGAAUACCAAAGUAUCUGUAAACUCAAAGCUACUGGAUGUCUGCUUGAUCAGGACAUUGAAGUAGAUUAUGUGGGACCAUGUAGUCAAGGUUAGAGGUCAAAUUAUCCAUGGAGUAACAGUAAACAAUAAUGUGUGUUGACAAACAGUAAUAAUAUAUUUGAUUUAUACGGCACCUAAAGAUAUCUCCAGGCACUUUACAAAGUGUAUGAAAGACACUGGACACCAUUGGUAAUUGUCAAAGACCAGUCUUCUCACUUCGUGUAUCUCAACAUAUGCACAAAA